UGAGUUAAUGUUUGAUAUGCUGCCACCGAUAUAAAGAGUAAAUUGCAGCAUAUUAGUCCCAUUACCUUACUGGUUCUCUGUGAGAACAACUUCACCUGUCCUUUACUGUUAGCUCACCUGACCUUACCUGCCUGUCCCUGUCUUUUCUUCAUUGGACCUGUUGCCAUUUCUCUGUCUGCUCUGAGUCACCUGGGAGACUUUCGGACAGUGAUUUUGCUCUGGUUUGCCUGUCAGAUUUGCUGAGAAAAUCAUGGGAGGGUGGCUGAGUUGGCUGUGGUACCACAGGAACUACAUCAUCAUCCUGGUCGUUCCGCUCGCAAUUCUCCCCCUGCCGCUGGUCUACCCUUAUCCGGAAGCACGAUGUGGUUUUGCCAUCAUCCUCAUGGCUCUGUACUGGUGUACAGAGUGUAUGCCUCUAGCUGUGACUGCCUUGUUGCCGGUUGUCCUCUUCCCGAUGAUGGGCAUUAUGGAGGCUGGAAAGGUUAGUAUUGAGUAUCUGAAAGACUCCAACAUGCUGUUCAUGGGUGGCCUGUUGGUAGCUAUUGCAGUGGAGCAGUGGAAACUUCAUAAGCGUAUCGCUCUCAGAGUUUUGCUGUUGGUUGGCGUUCGUCCGUCCCUGUUGAUGAUCGGCUUCAUGAUCGUCUCCGCCUUUCUGUCGAUGUGGAUCAGCAACACGGCCACCACAGCCAUGAUGCUGCCCAUUGCCUCGGCCGUGCUGCAGCAGCUGAAAGCUACGGAAAGCCGGGCGGAGGACAGAGAUUUCCAGGAGUCAGGCGAGGAAAAUCACGGGUUUGAGCUUGAGACCGUACAAACUAAGCAGGACCUGACAGAUGGGAAACAGCCUGACAUUAAAGCUCAACAAGAGCAAAGAGACUUUGAACAGGACACACAGCGGGAGGCGAGGAAGAAAUUGUUGGAUGCCAAAUACGAACGCCUGACCAAAGGGAUGAGUCUGUGUGUGUGCUACUCUGCCAGCAUUGGAGGCACGGCCACGCUCACCGGCACGACCCCUAACCUCAUUCUCAAGGGUCAAAUCGACGAGCUCUUUCCUGAUAACGGUGAUGUGAUCAACUUCGCCAGCUGGUUCGGCUUUGCUUUUCCAAACAUGGUGAUCAUGCUGGUUUUGUCCUGGCUCUGGCUCCAGUUCAUGUUCCUUGGCUUCAACCUGAAAGAGUCAUUUGGCUGCGGCAUGAAGAACGAAAGAGAUAAGGAGGCGUACGCAGUGAUGAAGGAGGAGUACAACAAACUGGGCCGCAUGAGGUUUGCUGAGGGGGCGGUGCUCACCAUCUUUGUCCUGUUGGUGAUCCUCUGGUUCACCAGGGAGCCGGGCUUCAUUGACGGCUGGGCAACAGUGCUUUUCAAUAAGGGAGGGCCGUACGUGUCAGAUGGAACGGUUGCUAUCUUAGUAUCGAUGCUCUUCUUCGUUAUCCCCUCCCAGCUGUUCUCGUUCGGAGGGUACGGCACCGAUGAAGAAGGUAAGGUGGUGAAUAGUCCCCCGACUCUCCUGAACUGGCAGAUAGUUCACGAGCGAAUGCCCUGGCACAUCAUCCUGCUGCUGGGAGGAGGCUUUGCUCUGGCUGCUGGCAGUGAGAAUUCGGGUCUGUCUAAAUGGCUGGGGGCGAGUUUAGAGCCUCUAAAGGAAAUCCCACCCUUCGCCAUCUCAAUGCUGCUCUCCCUGUUGGUGGCAACUUUCACCGAGUGCUCCAGCAACACAGCCACCACCACCCUGUUCCUGCCCAUACUGGCCUCAAUGGCCACUGCUAUUAAGGUACACCCGCUGUACGUGAUGCUGCCCUGCACCAUCGCCGCCUCGCUGGCCUUCAUGCUGCCUGUGGCCACGCCUCCCAACGCCAUCGCCUUCUCUUUUGGAAACCUCAGAGUCCUCGAUAUGGUACAAGCCGGCUUUGUGCUGAACAUCGUCGGGAUUCUGAGCAUUAAUUUAGGCAUCAACACCUGGGGAAGCGUCAUGUUUGACUUGGACAAAUUCCCCGCUUGGGCCAACGCCACGAAAGGGUAACUGUGAGUGACGGAGGACUGAGAGGAAUAGACAAAGUUGAUAGAAAGACUGAGAGAGUAAAUGACAGAGAAUCUGCAUUUUAAAGGAAGCACGACAAUUUGAAUUUUGAGAGCAGAGCAGAAGCUUUGACCAUAUUGUUGUAGAAGGAGGAAGGGAGUAAAUGAACAGUAGGCUACAGUAAACUAUGACGUGUACUCAUUUUGUUCAGUACAACUCAAACAGCUACACUCCCAGUACUCUGAACCAGUGUUUUAAUUAUAAACAAACCUGCAUUACUUUGACCGAUGUAUAAAAAACUUGAAGUGCUGUCAGACUGUGAACUGUUCCCUUAGACAGACGUUCCCCUGUUAAUGUUCAGCACUUCCUUGUUUCAUUCCAGCGACAGAACAAAAGAGAAAUUAUGUGUUUAAAAAGAAAAAAAACAACAGAGGUCAUUUCCUUGUAAACAUUUACUGAAUGUGAUGUCAUCUCAUUCAUUUAUUUAUCAUUCACAAUUAAUGCAAAGAUACAGUACGCUGUGAAUUUGACUGCUGAUUGUUAAAAAUGAUGUGAUUAUAUAACUGUUUUUUUGGACAUAAUGAACUGAAAUUGAAUUAAUUGUAUCAGUUAAUUUAACUUAUUGUUUUGGUCCUUUUGUUGGACCUCAAGUCUUUGUUUUUAGUUGCUUUUUUUUCUCUUAUCAGUGUUUUUGUCACACUGUUUUUACCACGAACAAGCAUUGAGUUUAUAUAUCUUAACUUGUCAUUUAACAAAAAUCCAAACUUAUUAUGAUUAUUUGUAUACUUUCCAAAAUAAAUAAUAAUAAUAAUGAUAUUCUCACCAGAAGAAUAGAGGUGGAAGCUAUUACGGGAAUAGUUUGACAUUUUGAGAGAUAUGUUUAUUUGCUUUCUUGUUGUGAGUUAUAUGGGAAGGUUAAAUAAACUGAUGACAGGACUCACUGCACCUGCCCAAGAAAUAGUCUGAUACAUAACCAUCCUAAAAAUCCACAACUUCAGUUUUGUAUGUAUUUAAAAAAAAAAAUGGGACAUGAGAGGGCAGAUACAAAAAAAAGUAGUAGUCAAAUGUCAAACUAUUCCUUUAACAAAGCCACUCCUGUUAUUAAUGCACACGAGUACAGAAGGUUCAGGUGGCAAUAAAAUGCUCCUUUAAACACGUGACGGACAAGCAAAAGUGUACAAAUGUCACUAAUAGGAAGGCGUUGCUAAUAAUGUGUACACUGUGUUCAGAUCAGGUGGCUGGUUGAAGGAUAACUUUAAGAUAAGAGGCUGCCAACAGGAUACGAUCAGAGUGGAGAUCGGUAUCUGUUGUGUUUAUUACAGCUCGAUGUAAUAAACAUGAAAUAUGGGAGAGAGACAUAAUGUCCCAGCAGAGUUGCCAACACGUUGCGUUAAUGUGUUUCAUUUUUAUGUACCAGACACAUCUAUAUAGUGUGAAAAUAAA